AUACAAUCGCCGAGUCCACCUCAUCCAAGACAUACCCUGGAGACAAUAGGUACCUAGGCGAUGGAGAGACCAUUCAUGGAUAUUCACUAUGCCACCUACUCUCCGCUGGUCAGACACCAUAGCCCGUAGCGGACGGUUCAAGGAUGUACCGAGCCUUCAUCGCGACCAUCGCGAGGCCGCCCGAAACUCUUCGCAAAAGAAGUAUUCAGUGCGAUUCCAAGGAGCAGUCACUCGUCCGAGACGCCCCCGUCAACGACCAGACUGUUCAAAGCCAUCUGCGCAUCAAACAAGCGACAUCAUCGACUGGACUCUGUCGCGAGACUCGUCUCCGAAUGCCAACACUGAUGUCGUAGCCGUCUCGACAAGCGUCGCCUUAGGAGACCCGUCCGGCGGCCAACCCGCACGUAUUAACAUUGAACAGGCGCCAUUACAAUCGGAACAUCCGCUCAACGUCGCCUUGUUGGAUUCAGGCUCCACGCCUCUCUCCGCGCCGUUAGAUAUCAACACUCAGCGUCUCAUCACAGAAGAUGUAGACGACUUUACAGAAGAUGCAGACGACUGGCAAGCCCCGUCCCAGGCCACCUUUGAGAACCCAACCGACGCUUCUCAGCUUCUCAGCCAUCAUGAUCCCGCACUGUUGCAUCCCACCGAAGGUCCGGUGCAUUCAAACCCGUACACUCACAUACAAACACCAUGCGACUGGUCACCGGGUUCAGUCGAGCCUAUAGCUUUAGCCGUCCCACAUCUUUUUGGCGAGUUGCCGUAUUACGCGCCCUCCUGCCGUGCUCCCACAAAUGGCGCCGUGGCGGACUGUUCUCGCUAUUACCAAUUUUAUAUCGAGAAGGCGAUAACUCGUUUCACCCCAUUCUGGAACUCACUAGACAACCCAUUUGUAACAAUAGCCAUUCCUCUCUCCCUAGCAUCGCCAACUCUUUGGCAUGCGAUCAACGCCUUGGGAGCAAGUCAGCUGGCUCUCGAAUCUGGUCCAUCCUCCAGCACGACUGACUCGACAAAUGCGCUGUGGCACCAACGUCAUGUCAUCGCGUCCUUGAAAUCCGGACAUGUAGAUUACGACAUCAGCAACCCAGCAAGCUUCCUUGCGUGCGUAAUGAUGCAAUCAAUGGAGGUUCUCAAUUCGGGACAUAGGGACUGGUACCACUGGCUUCAAACAUGUCUACGGCUAGUGCAAGCCCGUAAUCGCCUGCAAGAGGACAUGCAGGAGGGCACGGCUUGGUCUGCGAUGACCAAGAUCGUCGUUGCUAUGGAGACUCUGGCCGCCGUCACAUCAGAUACCGAGAUCCGCCUAGCGAAACGUUUCUGGAAGCUCCCAUCUAUCGGAGCCUCCCGACGGCUCAAUGGAGAUCCCUCCUGGCCCGAAAUACCCGAAAUGGUUUAUGAUGGGUUUUUUGAAAAUCUUCUUGGCUGCCCAGCUAUCAUUCUCAAGGUACUAGCCGAAAUGCUUGUGGUCCUCAGAAGCCAGGGGCAAACUAGCGAUCCCGCUGUGCCAGAACAGGCUGCACAGGCCUUGCGUUGGGAAGAUUCACUAUACAGAUGGCGCCCGGAUCGAGAAGAUGCACCCAAAAACAACAUGAUGGAAGCUUUUCGACAUGCAGUUUUGGUUUUCUACUCAAGGGAGAUUCGCAAGAUGCCUUACCAUCACGCCUUGGUACAGCAUCACGUGCUGCUUGCCAUCGACUUCAUCAAACAGCUGGGCAUGGAAAGCCACGGCGUUGUCGCGACAUGGCCAGCCAUGAUUGUGGGCUUAGAGUUGGACGAGAUGGAGCAUCCCGAAGUUGCCGCCUCCCUGAUUGACUUGUUGCUGCGCACCGCUUCGAAUCGUCGGCCAAACUCCAUGAACCAAGAUGCGAGCGAGCUUCUGAUGAUGAUCUGGUCGAGACGGAGAGUCCUUCAGACUCAAAGCGACAGGUGUAGUGUUGACUGGAGGGUUAUUUCUGAGGAAAAUGGAUGGAAAUGGUCCUUCUGGUGAAUUGACGGCGAGACAAGUUAAUGGGCAUCCAGAGCCGAUAAAGCACUCUCAGCCAUGGUCCUGAUCUAAUUUGAUCGAGAAACGCUCCUACAAAAAAUUCAAUCCAAACUUGAUCAUCGCGACAUUUUGUUGAAUGCGCCUCAAAUCAUUCCUAGUAAUGUCCUUUCCGUUUCCCGUAAUAUUCCCUUCGAU